AUGAGUACAGACAAUAUAUCGGCGGUUCUGGACGACUUACUGGUCAAUUACGACAAGAAACUGCGGCCCGGAUUUGGAGGCGAUCCCCUGGAAGUCCAAAUCGACAUACUUCUGAGGUCAAUGGGUCCGAUAUCAGAGCGAGAUAUGGUGUACACCAUGGAUAUUUACUUCCGACAAAGGUGGAUGGAUGAGCGUCUAGCCACAAACACGUCUAUAGAGAACAUAUCCGUCAGUAUCAAACUGCUAGAAAAAAUCUGGUACCCGGAUACUGUCUUCUUCAAUGGCAGAAAGUCUUCUCUCCACCUUGUCCCAACCCCAAACAGGUUCAUAAGGAUAGGCAACAAUGGGUCGAUGUAUCUUUCACAAAGACUGACAGUGCGGGCGAUAUGUCAAAUGAAGCUGCAGAAUUAUCCUCUGGAUUUCCAAGUCUGCCCGCUACAUAUAGGCAGCUUUGCAUACUCUACAAAGGACGUGGUGUAUAUGUGGCGGUAUGGGGCGUCCUCCUCGGUUGAACUGGCGGCGGAUAUGACCUUAUCACAGUUUGACCUCACCAAUCACUCCGCCUCCUACUCUACAACUUUCAGAAAAGGAAUGGAGCUAUCGAUGCUGUCUGUCCAUUUCGGUCUGAAGCGUCAUUCGGGGUACUUCCUGAUCCACGUGGUGGUACCGUGUAUUCUGUUGGUCAUUCUGUCCUGGGUCAGCUUCUGGAUCAACCGAGAAGCCACAGCCGAUCGUAUAGCGUUAGGCACAACAACAGUACUGACCAUGACUUUUCUAGCCUUGGAGAACAGAAACGACCUCCCCCGUGUGUCUUAUGCCACUGCCCUGGAUGUCUACGUCGCCAUGUGCUUUCUUUUUGUCAUAUCUACCAUCGUACAGUUUGCCGUUGUUCAUCACUUCACAAAACGAGGUCACGGUGACCUAGAUCAUUCCGGCCAAAAACAAGAACCUAGUAAGGCUCUACAGAGAAAGCCCGCCAUCGGAAGAGUACGGUUUCGGCGGCAGAAUGGCACCUCUACGACGUCAUCAAGAAUAUUUGUUUCCCGGGCGGGUGACAGCCGGUUCGGAGUGUGGCUGUCUAGUCUACGCUUUCGUCGUCAAGCCCGAAAGUCCACUCUAGAGCCCAAUAGUGUUAGUAAAGUGGAUAAAAUUUCAAGGCUUAUGUUUCCUGUUGUUUUUGUAAUCUUAAAUUUAGCAUAUUGGGUGAUAUUUUUGUCAUAG